AUGCCAACCAAUCUGCAACGCGAGGAUGACACGAGCCCUACCUCUGCCGAACUCGCCCUAUAUACGAGGAAUUUGGAGGAAGUAACCAACGAGAUCGCCGCCAUCGUACAUGCAAACUCCGACUUCCGCCAUGAAUACAAUCAAGCCGUUCAGCGCCAAAGGAUAUACACCAAAAUGCUCAUAACCAUCAAUGAUAAUCACGAGCCCUCCGGACAAAAUCGCAGCUCGGAGGACCCAGCCGCAGACAUGGAAUAUGCCCUCUUUUACAGGAAAAAGCAUCAAGAAGAGAUAGACAAGCUAUUAAUUAUCCACGAAAACAUCAACUCGAUGUUCAUAGAGAACACUAAGAUACAGGCACAGGCGGUCUUAGAUAUCAUGGGGUUCAAAGUGGAAAAGGAGGAGAAAGAGAAGGAGCGUUUGGAGAAGGAGAAGGAAGAAAAUCAGAAAUUGAUUGAUUCCGUUCUCGCAGGGUCCAAGGACAGAAGCAUUGAAGAAAAGUUGGAAAAGCUCAGGAUCAAAGAUCUCUCUUCUACGCCACCAACCGCCGAGGGAAUCACAUUGUUUACGCGUCCGCAGCGCGAUGUACUAGUUGCAGGACUAGGAAGAAUCCAGUCGGAGACGGAAAUAUGGAUUCAACUUCUCCAGAAGAAUGGCCACAAACAGGUCAGGCAUAUCGCCACUCUCGGAAAAGCAAAAGCUCUGUUGAUGAGGGAUAGAGAUGCUGUCGAAGCUGCGGAGAACCAAUUCAAGCUGUGGAGGAUUGCUGGGAAAUAUGUGGAACCUAAGGAUGAGUAUGAUAUGGAUCCGAAGGCCUUUGCUCGCCCGAAAGAUUGGAAACCGGAUCAGCCUUCACAUAAUUAG